AUGUCUACAACUAUCUCGAUUCCAGCUAACGCCUUCGGUGGCUUGUCCGCCCAGAACCUCGAACUCACUUUUAGUGCCGAGGAACUCAACGACUUCUUUACCCAGUAUGCGAAGUCCAAUGCUAGCCUUGAGGCUAGUGCCCUUUUCCAGUCCAAGGUGGACGAGGCGCUUGCUUCUCACCAAAAGACUGAGACUCCUGUGAUCGAGAAGAAUGAGCCUCAAGCCUUCUUCGGCGACCACGCUUUGUGUGAGAUUCCACUUCUCAAUGACAGCGACAUGAAGACUCUUCGCAAUCUUAAGCGCUGCUACGACACUCAGAACGGCUUGAACGAGUCUGAUUCUGAGUCUGAUGAGGAAUUCGGGUUGGAAAUUAGCGUUCCAAGGAGCAGAGGCAGCCUCUCUCAAAACAGCAUCAACGCUACUCCAACCCAGGCUAGACCAGCCAGCCUCCAGGUGGGCCUUUUGUCGCCCUACCACAAUUUCAUGAAGCUCUUCAAGCUUUGUGACUUGUUCAAGUCCAGAUACUCCAAUCUCCCCCAGGUAUCCAGAGCAGUGGACUUGUGCUACACCCCCAUCUUCCCCAUCGACAUUUUGGAGAUUGACAACGGUAGAUUCAACCUUGUGCCUCCAAGUGCUCCCCCAGCUGCUCAGAGGAAGUUUCAACUCGCUGUUCGCAGAGAAAAGAGAGAGCUUCUUCGUUUGACCAAGAUCUUCAAGGUCCCCGAGUUGGUCAUGGACCUUCCUCAAUUGGUCACUGAGGUUCAAGUAACCUCCAACCAGCAAGUGGCCAAGAGGGGCCCCGACUUCACCAAGCUCUUGCAGCUUUUCGAGUACUACCAGUCGUACUGGAAGCAUCUUCCCCAGGUGAAGAAGGCCGUUCUUUACACUUCUGCUACCCCUACUACGUGCGUGCUUGAUGAUGCUACGAUCUUCUUCAUCUUGGACCCUCUCCCACCACGUGUCGAGGUUGUCGAGACCUCCGACUUCAGAUCAACUUCCCCUCUGGAGUCCGACAGAGCCAAGGCUCCCUCUUUGACUUCUCCCCUGUCACAAGAGGUUGAGCAGGUUGCAUUCAAGGAACCUGCUACUUUGCUUUCUCCACCCAAGGUUUGUGUUUCGGAGCUUCCUGCCCCCGAGAGGCCGCCAGUGCCUCAGCAGAGAAGCCGCCGGAGAAAUACCAAGAGGAGAAGGCAGAAUCUUCCCGGUUUCAAGAGAAGACAGAGAAGAAGACGGAACGGAAGAAAGCCAACCAGUGCCUAUGUUGUGCACGGCCCCUGA